CAUUCUAAAUGAAUUUGUCACUGUAGAAAGUACAGAUAAAAUCCAGCACGACGUACUGGUAAUCCUAAAUCCCUACAAUGCCAAUGCCGUUUCAGUUUCAAUGACACUUCGUUUGGUUUGCUUUCUGCUUAUAUUUUUGGUUGGCAUGCAGUGCACGAAAGGCCACAUCUCAUGUUCAGGGUGCUGCACGGACGGGGCUAUGGCCGACGAGUGCGAGUGCCUGAUGUGCCGUGAGCCGGAGACCGCCACCCGCUGCCGCGCCAUGGAGCGCGUCCUCGCCGGCGUGUCCGUGCCGUGCCCGUUCCGGCAGCACGGGUGCGCCGAGAUGAUCCCCUACGCGAGCAAGGAAGCCCACGAGGGGUCGUGCCGCUACGCCCCUUGCCACCGUCCCAUCCCCAGCUGCACUGGCUACGCCGGCAAGUCCCUGGUCGACCACGUCCAGGUUGACCACCCUGACGUGCACCGCACCCGCGUCAAGCCUGGCUGCCUCACGGCGCUGAGGAUGCGCUCGUCCGAGCAGGCCCGCAUGCUGUGGCUCGACAACUGCGCGGAGCUCCUGCUCGUCGCCGGCACGGACGUGCCGGGGGGCCGUUCGCUGUCCAUCGUGUGGCUCAUGGACGAGCUGUUUGAGGUUGAGGAUGAGCUCAAGUACAGGAUCGAGGUGGUCGGCAAGGACGGCGUGCUCUCACUGUCCGGUCCGACCAAGGGCGUCGAGCGGUUCGACAGGCCGUACCAAGCCAGCGCUUUUCUGUUCGUCCCGAACGCCAUCUGGGACUCCCAUCCGGAGGACAUCCCCGUGUUCAUCCACCUGAAAUGA